GACUUGACAAUGAUUUGCCACAUGCUCUUAGAUGUCAUUAAAAGGGGCUUAAAUUCAAACGCAUUUUUAUUGAUUUAAAAACUCUUAAUAGUAAAAAACAAAUCUUGAGGUUCAUCGUAACAAUCUCUCCCAUGCUCCUGAUCUUUACUAAGGCCCCCUUUCCUUCGCCGAUUCAUCUAUAUUCAUUUAAAGCGCAAACUUUCUCAAGUGAAACGUGGGCAUUUUGAUAUGAGGGCUGCAUUUGUGAUAUUAGCAGUUAUAUUGUCGUUUAAAGAGGCAAAUGGCCAGUUCACCACCACCCAUGCAACUAACAUUCACACCGCCAUUUUUGGAACCUCAUACAAUAAAUAUGUCCGACCGUCUGCUACCACCUACGUUGACAUCGAAUUAAAUCUGCUCUCGCUCAAUGAUUUGGACAUGAAAAAUCAGGUCAUGUCGACGUCUGGCUGGCUAACUAUUACAUGGAACGAUCCUCGCUUGACUUGGACUGCGGCCUCAUACGGCAACAUAGAAUAUAUCUACACCAAACAGGACAAAAUAUGGCGCCCUGAACUCAUCAUAGACAACUCUGUUGAAGACAUGGCACCCAUUGGUGAUACCGAGAUUUUUUUCAAAAUAAAGAAUACAGGGGCAGUUCGUUGGGAUCCCCCUGGCCAAUACGUCACUCAUUGUGAUAUUGACGUCUCAUAUUACCCAUUCGACUACCAGAAAUGUUCUAUUGAGAUAACGACGUUCGCCUUCACGACAGACGUUGUUAUUUUAAACAAGACUACAGAUAGUGUCAACGUCGAUGAUUUUAAAGAGAACGGAGAAUGGGUACUGGAUUCUUCGAGUGUGGUAGAGCAGGUUUUGACGGAAAAUGGCGAGAUGUUCUCGCAGCUGGAAUUUAAACUUAUCUUCAAGCGCCGCCCUGGAUAUUAUCUCACAAACGUCGUUUACCCCGUGAUUCUAGUGUCUCUUCUGACAAACUUAGUGUUUCUCCUGCCGGUGGACUCCGGGGAAAAGAUUUCCUACAUCCUGACUGUUCUACUGGCCCAGGCAGUGUUGCUGACCCUAGUAGGGGACAGUAUGCCAACGACGUCCAAACACACACCUGUCAUAGGAAUAUACAUCUCCUUUGUACUCGUAAUGGCUGCGUUAGCUAUUGUCAUCACUAUCCUGAACCUCCGCCUACACCUCAAAGCGGACCAAACAGAAGUGCCCAGAUGGCUCAAGUCCUUUACCUUUAUUGUGCUUCUGAAAGUCAACUGUCUCAGCGCAAAGGUCAAAGACAAAAAUCACGUGGUUUCCAAGAUUGACACAUUGGAGCUGCAAGAUGACAACGGAAGAAGUAAAUCAUCGGAGUGUGUGAAGACAGAGGCGUGGAAAAAUCAAGAUGAUGAGUUUCCAUUCGAAUGCAAAGAAGUUUCUUACUUGCUUGACAUUUUCUUCUUUUAUUUAUUCAACAUUAUAACAUUUGUCGUGACUGUAGUUUUGCUUGUUGUUUUAGCAGUUUGUGAUAGUAAUAGCCUAGUUUUCACAAUGAAUUAUCUGAUACUGAUGCUAGCUCUCUGCUUGACCAUUCAAGAGUCAAAUGGCCAGUUCAACAGCACCACUGCAACUAAUAUUCACAACGCCAUUUUUGGGACCUCGUACAAUAAAAAUGUCCGACCGUCUGCUACCACGUCAGUCGACAUCGAACUGAAUCUGCUCUCAAUCAAUGAGAUGGACGUAAAAAAGCAGAUAAUGUCGUCUUCUGGCUGGCUAACAGUUACUUCGAAAGAUCCUCGCUUGACUUGGGAUCCGUCCAGCUAUGACGGAAUAGAAUAUAUUUACACGAAACAAGAGGGAAUAUGGCGCCCAGAACUCAUCAUUGAUAACUCUGUCGAAGGAAUGAGUCCAAUAGGUCAUGACGAGAUAUAUCUCAAAGUGAACCAUGCCGGUGAGGUUCGUUGGGAUACCCCUGGCCGUCACGUCACUCAUUGUGAUUUUAACAUCACAUAUUAUCCAUUCGACUACCAGACGUGUUCGGUGGAGGUCACGAGUUUCGCCUUUACUAUAGAAGCUUUGACUUUAAAUAGAACAUAUGACACAGUAAACACCGAGGAUUAUAAAGAGAACGGGGAAUGGGUCUUGCAUUCUUCACGGGUAGAUGAGAAGAAUUUGUCCGAACAUGGUGAGAAGUUUUCGCAGCUGGAAUUCAAGAUGAUCUUUGAGCGUCGGGCGAAAUAUUACGUUGCCAACGUCAUUUACCCGUUGGUUUUAGUUUCUCUUCUGACUAACCUAGUUUUCCUCCUGCCGGCGGACUCCGGGGAGAAGAUAUCCUACAUCCUGACGGUUCUACUGGCCCAGGCAGUGCUGCUGACCCUUAUCGGGAACAGCAUGCCAACAACGUCAGUCCAAACACCUAUCAUGGGGAUGUACAUUUCCUUUGUACUCCUGAUGGCUGCCUUGGCCACUAUCAUCACCACUCUAAACCUUAACCUGUACCUCAGAACGGACCAAAAAGCAGUACCAAGAUGGCUCAAGGCAUUCACCUUCCUUGUCCUUCUCAGGAUUAACUGUCGUACCGCAAAGGUCAAAGAAGAUGACAAAGAGCUUGAGGUUUCCAACGAGGACAUGGUCAAAAUGGAAGAUGUCAACGGAAAAGGCAAAACCCUGAAGCGCAUGUUGAACCGUCGGUCCCAGACUCCAAACAAGAAAGAUGCCGGGUUUCCAUUUCAGUGCAAGGAAGUGUCUGCUUUCCUGGACUGUUUCUUUUUUUAUCUAUUCAACAUUGUCUUAAUUAUUACAACACUAGUUUUUCUGGUAGUUUUAGCGGUAUCUGAUGUGCCUCCUUCAUAAAACGCGUAUCGUUGGAUAAUAUUUUAAACCUUUGAAUAAAUAUUAUUAUUAAGUCAUAAUUACGCGUUAAUAAGUUUUGUACAAAUGACCGUGGAUCGAUACAAAAACAAUAUCAGAAAUAUGACAAAAAAAGAUGAAAAGUAUAUGCAUUAAGAUAACAAAAAAUUCAUAAAAAGUCCUUUUUUCGAUUGAGAUAAAUAUAAUGUUUCUAUAAAAAGGGGAUGACAAUAGCUAACCAAAUAACCGAUUAAUCGGUUGGAACGAUGGUAACCGGUUAUAAAUUCUGUAAUCGGUUAGUCGGAAUAAAUAUAAGUUCAUAAAAAUUCAACAAUAAGAACUUUUAACGUUUCUUGGAGCUUUAAUUUGGGGAUAAUUGAUUUACUCCUUGCUUUUUAAAGGGAUAAGUAUCGGAUUGUUAUGUGCUAAUUACUGUUUAAACACCUCGACACUGCCCUAACCAUCAUAACUGUCCACUGGUUUUUUAAUCAUUUGUGAAUAACAUUGAAAUUGCAAUUGAGAACUACAUGUAUUUAAUUUUUUUCUGUCGCCGUUCUGUCAAUCUUUGAUUCCAGUGUCAGUGAUCAUGCCGCCUCAAACGCCUCCGCAAGCAUGGCGAUCUCCUUAGAGAGAACUAGGUUGAAAAAUCGUAAAAUGCACACUCUGUUCAAUGGAGCUCACACAAAUGAGCGCGGUCGGAGACCAUAAGAGAGAACAAUCCUAAACAAAACGCAAAGGGUUUCAAGACGAGUGGAACAAACCGGAAAGUUUUUUGAGACCUACUGUACUUAGUUGUCAAGAUAUUAUGAUUUUGAUACUGUACAUAAUGCUAAUUUGAUCUGAAAUAAGGCAAUUUUUGCUUAAGUGAGCGAUGUGCCACUUGGGACUUUUCCUAAAAAUAUGUUCUCAUUAAACUUGAACGGAUAAAAAUAUUACAAAACACACCGUGUUAAUUGUUUCCAAUAUAGUAAACCGGUUUUUAAAAAAUGCAAAAUUUUAAAUCUAAACCAGUAAAUAUCAUUUUUAAAGCUAUCACCGACACAAAGCAAAAUACCUGAACUGAUAAUUCAAGUUGUUUUUCAAGUUAAAGUAAUCUAUAAUCUAUUAAAUAACAGAGCAAACAAUUUGAUAUUUUUAUCCCCUAAGUUUGAUAUUUUCUGUUCGAGAUCAGAUUUAGGUCUUGUUUAGAAGCGAUUAACAACUUUUGUACUUUUUGUUUUAUUUCUUUUAUUUGAAAAAAAAAUCACUGAAGUGAUUUCUUGUUAAAUAUUCUUCAAUGGCCUUAUAAUUAAUUUAUAAGUAUUUUAAAAGUUAUUUAUGUAUUUUAUGAGGUAUUUGUAUUACCUUGUCAUUUUCAGAGGUGACAUCUAUUAAUCUUUUGCAAAAAAAGUAUUUUCCUACAAAUGAAUGUAUAUUUGAUCUAUUCAUAUAUCGUUUCUUUUUGUAUACAAUGAACUGAUUGCAUCUGAAGUUUAUUUACAUAUAUAUGGAUCACUGCAAAAAAUAAAUAUCUAAUCUAAGACUAUAUUUUAUUUUCUGUAAAAGGUUUCCUUCCAUAAUAUCUCGUUAAAAAAAUCUGCAAUUCAUUUUGUAUUGUUCUGAAAUGUGCGAACGAAUUAAGAUUUAAUUGUGCUUUGUCUAAUAAUCUAGGAAACUAUUUGUGAUUGAAAUAUUUCCUUCUGAAUAUAUAUAUGAUAUGUUUGUUUCUAUAAUACGACAUCUGUUUUAACAAGAUAUAAAAAGUAACUUAUCAUUGGCUUCCUAAUAAUAUUAUUCCUCUGCCUUCAAAAUAAAUUAUUUACAGAGUAUUUUAACAACUUCGUUGCAAAAGGUUCAUAUGCUGUGUUGACGGUUUAAAAUUGUUUGCUCAUUGAUCUGAACUGAAAGCUCAAUUAAGUUAUUAUGGUCACUUGUUGUCCGUUGUUUGUCUGUUUGUCCGUCUAAGAAGUUUUGAAACUUUUGGCUUUUGCUUCAGAACCACUGGACCGAUUUCAACAAAACACACCACAAAGCACAUAA